CUCUGCUACAUCAAUUGAGUAGCGUGGCUUUGGAAUAUCUGGUUGAUAUCCCAGAUACCCUCGACGUUUCACUAAAUCUCGCUCAGAGGUUGGGAACAGCGCAGCACAGAAUCUUGACGACCUUGACUUUCCUCUCAUCCACGGUGGAGUUCCGCGCGUACAUCGCCGAGCUAUCGUGCGCGGCUCUCCGCAAUCACGGUCCCUAACCUACUACGGCGGCACAUAGUUCGCAGACGAUCGGCCAACCCUAGCUCGGUCUAUAACAAUCAAAAACCACGGAGAGGGGACAGCGACCUUUUUCAAAAACAAUUCCUCCAGCACCUGAGAGAUCGCAGUCUGUAACACAGGCAACAGACCAGACAUGGCCGACAGUGUACAGACCUCUGUCACUCAGCCGAUCGCGGCUACCAACGAGUUCCCUGCCGAACUCGUCGGCAAGAAGGUGCUGUUGGCCACCGAGUCGCUCGGGCCGGUGAACGGGGUCAGUCGCACAACGCAGAGUCUGGUCGAUUACCUGCGUCACAAUGGUGUACACGUUGCGACAUGUGCGCCCUACUAUAAAGGCCAACAUAUCCUUGCGAACGAGCCUCGACCAGAAAGGCAACCAUUUGUGAACAAGGAUUGGGUGCGCUCGAUCGAGGCCAAAUCCUCGUCCCUCGGUUCACGAGCCAUUGGUGGCGCAUGGGCAUGGCACUUCGACAGAGACGAGCAGUCGAAACAAUCACAACCGCAAUCCCAAAGCUCGCAAUCGCAGAAUCCGCCUCUGCUCAACCGCAGCAAAAGCGAAGAUGCAAAGCGAAAGAUCGAGCAAGCUCGCGAAACUCGACAAAAUCCCGAAUAUCGCCUGCAGGGGUAUCCGCUGCCAUACAACCCCGACUUGACCGUGGCAUUCCCUUUCCGCCUCGGUCGCGUGUAUCAAGAGACUUUCAAACCCGACAUCAUCUAUCUCGCCAGUCCCGCUUCAGUGGGCUUCCAAUUUCUCGUGCAACUGCGCCAGUUCGGCAAGCCGAUCCCAACGCUGCUAAAUUUCCAAACAGAUCUUGCGGCCUAUGCUGCGAUCCUCUUCCCGCGUCAUGUUGACCAAUAUGCCAUGUGGCUAUUGCACAUUGUUCAGGGAUACCUGUUCCGCGCAAGUGCUGUUCACACGAUAUUCUACCCUUCGGCGUACGUUCGGGAUUACAUGGUCAGCACAGGUGCGCCAGCGGAGAAGAUGAUCCAACUCGGACGUGGUGUCGACACCGAGCUUUUUCAGCCCAGCCGUCGCGACGAUGACUACCGAAAGGAGAUUGCGCCCGAUGGCGAGAUCAUCUUCUGCUGCAUUUCCCGAAUCGCCCCGGAGAAGGGAUUCGAGUUUCUCGCACAGGCCGCUCAGAAGCUUAAAGACACUGGCUUGAAGUUCAAGCUCCUCAUUGUUGGCGGCAACAAGAACCCGGCUGUCAUGAACGAGGUGCAAAGCUACUUCAAGGACCUUCAAGAAAAUGUCAUCUUCACUGGUAUGCUCCGCGGCACUGCACUAGCGCGCGCUUACGCUGCUGGUGAUAUUUUCCUCCACUGCUCCAUCACCGAGACUUUCGGCCUGGUCGUUUUGGAAGCGAUGGCUUCAGGUGUACCAGUCAUUGCUCGUGAUGAGGGAGGACCUUCAGAAACCGUCAAGCACGGCCGUUCGGGAUUUCUCGUUGCGCCUCACGACCUCGACACCUUUGUCAACUACUCGCGACAACUCGCCACAAACCAUGAGCUGCGUGCGGAGAUGAUCGCUCAUGCGCGCGCUCAAGCUCUCGAUACGACCUGGGACAAGAUCAACAACCAGGUCGCCUUGCAGCUUUGCAAAGCACUCCAUCAACAACCUCUGAAGUCACCCGCGGAGAAAGCACGAGAAGGAUACUAUGGCUCAUGGUACGCCAUGGCUCGUGUCUAUUUGGCCGUGGGCAUCGUCUGGGUCUUCUGGUUCAUCGCGGUCAUUCCCAUGAUGGUGUUGGGUUUCGUGCACGGAAUGUUCAAAUGAUAAGUCUCUUCGGGAGCAGGUCUCUUUUGCAGCAGGUUGGAAAAAUAUGAUUCGCGAAGGGUGGAUUUCAAAAAUGAUGAGAUUUCAUGUGAGAUGUCUGAAUGCAAUGCCAUAUGUAAAUGUGUGAAUAAUGAGAUAGUCAAAACAAUUGUUCUCCACAAAUAGUGGCGAAGGAAAUAACAAUGAUGGAAAACAUCACUGGUUCGGAUAUGAA